ACCGCACAGCGCGCGUUUGCUGAACGACUCAGAAGAAUGGAGGAAAGGACGACUGAAGUUGUUUUUAAAAAGGAGACUGUCGGCAAACUACUGUCACUCUUUUUCAAGGAUGAAAAAACUAAAGUCAGUGGUGACGCUGUCAUCCUAAUGGCCGAGAUGUUGAAGAUCUUUGUGGAAGAAGCAGCCCGGAGGUCUCAGAAGCAGGCGGCUGCGGAGGAUUGUGACGUUGUGGACAUUGAGCACUUUGAAAAGAUCCUGCCCCAACUGUAUAAUUCAAAUUUCAAGAUUUCAAGUACCCUGCUUUCACAUUUUCUGCCAGUUCCGAACAUACAAAUAGCUGCUGAUUUAAAUGCUUUAAAAAAAUGAGGGAUGUAAAUUAUAUACAGGUGUGGUAUUUGACAAACAGGGAAUUGUCAUGCUAUCAUGUUUAUAUAUUUUUUAAAAAAAUGUAAGGUCUUACAAAAGCUCUGCUCAGACACAGUUGCUUAUGUUGACUGUUGUGGCUUGCAGAAGAGAUCUCAGGCUUUGAAACAGGAUUUAUUGCCGGUGUACAUUAGGCAGGAGUAUCAGUAACUUAGACUGCUGUGAUAGGACAAAACUUGAUUAUCCAUGCAGCAAAAAUUCACACGCAACGGCUCAAGACGGCACACAACAGACAUGACACGUAACAAAUUACGACAAAAAUAACAGCUUGC